AGCAGGAUUGAUCAGCUCAAGCGAUUGGGUCAUAGUGUUGAUAAGGACAUACCUCCGCCAAUGUUGAGGAGGCAGUUGCAUAUUCAGAGCACAGCGCAGUAAAGUGUAUUGGCAUGACAAUUGAAACGAGACCAGAUUAUUGCCUUGGACCUCACCUUAGGCAAAUGCUUUCCUAUGGAUGCACACGACUUGAGAUUGGGGUGCAGAGCACAUAUGAGGAUGUUGCGCGAGACACAAACAGAGGUCACACCGUUGCUGCUGUGGCUGACUGUUUCUGCUUGGCGAAGGAUGCCGGCUUUAAGGUUGUUGCACAUAUGAUGCCGGAUCUUCCUAAUGUUGGGAUUGAGAGGGACUUGGAAAGUUUCAAGGAGUUUUUCGAGAGUCCUUUAUUCAGGGCAGAUGGGCUUAAAAUAUACCCAACACUUGUAAUCCGCGGAACUGGGCUCUAUGAGCUCUGGAAGACUGGCAGGUAUCGGAAUUAUCCACCGGAGCAGCUGGUGGAUAUUGUUGCUAGAAUCCUAGCAAUGGUGCCACCUUGGACACGUGUUUAUCGAGUUCAAAGAGAUAUUCCCAUGCCUCUCGUCACCUCUGGUGUCGAGAAAGGAAAUCUUAGGGAGCUUGCCUUGGCUAGGAUGGAUGACUUAGGUUUAAAAUGCCGUGAUGUACGAACACGUGAAGCUGGUAUUCAGGACAUUCACCAUAAAAUCAAGCCGGAGGAAGUUGAACUUUGUCGCCGUGAUUACACAGCAAAUGAAGGCUGGGAAACCUUCCUCUCAUACGAAGAUACACGCCAGGAUAUCCUUGUUGGGCUGCUGCGCUUGCGCAAAUGUGGCCGAAACACGACUUGUCCAGAGCUGAUAGGGAAGUGCUCCAUUGUUCGUGAACUUCAUGUUUAUGGAACUGCUGUUCCUGUUCACGGGCGUGAUGCUGACAAACUGCAGCACCAGGGCUAUGGCACACUUCUGAUGGAGGAGGCUGACCGGAUCGCUCGUAGAGAACAUAGAUCAACAAAAAUAGCCGUGAUCUCAGGUGUAGGCACUCGCCAUUACUACAGGAAGCUGGGUUAUGAGCUUGAAGGACCUUACAUGGUCAAGCAUCUUGUGUAAUUCUAAUCCAGUAUAACAAUUUUGUAAAAUGUGUUACUUAUAGCACUCUAUAGUGUGUUUUGUAGCCUCUGGUCCACUUUGCAUUUUUAUUUCUCCUCAGCAUAGUCAUAAGUGGCAUACGUCCUGGUUUUGCAGAGAUCCGACAAGCUUUGAUGUGUACUAGUCAGCUGCCCUUCCAUACGGGCUGAUCUUUUUGUUAUAGCCUUACCCUAAUUUGAAACGGUGGUUCUAAUAUAGUCCCAUCUUUUCUA